AUGGAUCCCAUGGGUCUCAGUAGUGAUGGUGCUGCCUACCGGUCUCGUGGGUACCAACUCGAAAUGUUAGAGGCUAGCCGCAAGGAGAAUAUCAUUGUCGCGAUGGACACGGGGAGUGGAAAGACUCAUAUGCAUGUUUGGAGUGCCAUUCUUCGCAUUAUAGAUGAGCUUGAGAACUCUGGUUCUACAGAGAAACUUAUCUGGUUUCUUGCCCCGACUGUGGCAUUGAGCCUUCAACAACAUGAAGUUAUCACUAGCCACAUCUUGUCUGUGAAAACUAAAGUUUUAACGGGUCUGGACAAUGUUGAUCGAUGGACUGAACAAGGUGUCUGGGACAAAGUGCUCAAGGAUGUCCGCGUGGUUAUCUCUACAUAUGCUGUCCUCGCUGAUGCUUUGGGUCAUGGUUUUGUUCGCAUGUCCCGACUUGCUCUACUUAUCUUUGAUGAGGCUCAUCAUUGCACGAGACGCCAUCCGGCGAACAAGAUUAUGCAAAAUCACUACCAUCCUACCCUACUGAGAUCAGGCCCAAAUGCUGUACCUCGGAUCUUGGGACUCACUGCUAGCCCAGUGUUCCGUUCAAGUCAGAACGAGCUUGAAACAAUCGAAUCCAACUUGAACGCAGUUUGCAAGACUCCACGUGUCCAUCGCACUGAGCUCUUGGAAAAUACCCAUCGCCCUCAUCUAGAGCGUCUCAAUUACAUACCCUUUGAGGAAGCACAGUAUGGCUUUGGAAGCCGACUACUUUCAUCUCUCAUAGAAAGUUGCAGGGCCUAUAACAUAGAAGAUGACCCUUGGAUCGAAUCAUUACGGUCAAAGGAUCAGACUGUGGAGCUUGCAAAGGCUCUCACUACAGGUAAAACCUUUUGUAGCGAGCAACUGAGGAACUUCCAGGCGCGCAGUCGUCACAUUUAUGAGGAGCUGGGAGGUUGGGCUGCCGACUUCUUCAUCAGUGCUUCAAUUGACCAACUUCAGCGUUCAAUCCAAGAUGCUAGUGAGAUGUCACAUUUGGACCAAGUGGAGAGAAUCUACCUGUUGGAGCUACUGCUCGCAAUGCCUGCGCCAAGUUCAACUGAGGAGAGUAAUCACGUAUCCAUCAAACUUGAAAUGCUUCUCAACUUUCUCGAAAGAAUGGAUAGCCCUGGGUUUUCCGGGCUACUAUUCGUCAAGCAGAGGGCAACUGUCAGUGUGUUAGCUCGCAUUUUAUCCCUUCAUCCCAAAACCAGAGAUCGCUUCCAGUGUGCUGCUUAUGUUGGUUGGGCGAGUGAUAGAAACCGCAAGGGCUGUCUCGGUGACCUACUUCACCGGGAUAUGCAGCGAGAUACCCUCGAUGAAUUUAAGGCUGGCCGCAAAAACCUCAUUGUCGCCACUGAUGUUCUCGAAGAGGGGAUUGACAUAAGCGCAUGCAGUUUGGUCAUUUGUUACGACAAGCCUGCGAACCUCAAGUCCUUUGUCCAGCGGCGUGGGCGUGCUCGUCAUAGAGAAUCUACAUAUGCUGUCAUGAUCUCAAACGAGGAUGAGUUGUUGAGUCUUCACAAAUGGCAGGAACUAGAGCAAGCUAUGAUGAAAGCGUAUCAAGACGACGAGCGAAAGCGUCGGGAAGCUUAUGACCUCGAAGCCAUUGAGGAGCAAGUGAAAGAGAGACUUUGGGUAGAAAAGACGAGUGCUCUGUUGACGGCGGACGACGCAUUGCAGCAUUUGUAUCACUUUUGCGCUGUCUUACCAGUUGAUGAAUUUUCCGACAACCGACCCGUAUUUUCCUUCCAAGAAAAUAGUGUGGGAUUGCUUUUGGGUACGGUCACAUUACCAAAUUCGGUGCACCCGACGGUUCGUCGAACAAACGGGAAAGCCUGGUGGCGGACAGAGCGGGCAGCCAGAAAGGAGACCGCAUUUCAAGCCUACAAAGCUUUGCAUUCGUAUGGGUUGAUCAACGACAACCUCUUGCCAUUAACACGAAAACCAGAGUUGAGAUUCUCGGACCAGAUCACUCUCCCAUCCAUUGUGCAUGCUGCGGAGCAGUGUGACCCUUAUGUGGACCUUGCACAAGGCUGGGCUUCGGGUCAGCUGUCCCAGACACGCUUGAAGAUAUGCAGCAAUGGUUCUGUCGAUGAAGAUCUGGCUAUUUGCUUAAUUUUGCCAAGAUUGACACCCACGCCGCACCCUAUCCCUCUUUACUGGGACCCCGAAACCUCCUUGCAACUUCACUUUGAUCCACAAAUUUCGGCUUUUGAGACGACAGCGGAGACACUGGAUCAAAUGAGAAGGACGACGGCCCUCUACCUACAAGCUCCCAGCUCGCGACAGCGGGGAGACGACCGUGACUUCGUGGCUCUCUUCAUUCCCGAUAUUCCACACGAACGCCUAGGGGAAUGGCUUGCGGUGUACGAAGGAAAAGAGCCUGCGCUGGAAGUUUACUCGAGAAAUCCAACUACGCCACCUACGGGUAUCGUCCGUGAUCAGUCUAAAUUCAGCGAGCCACGAACAUUCAACAGAUGGAUCGUUCCGGCCGAAGUGACAAAGACGUCGCCUAUUGAAGUGGAAUGUUCAUCACUUCCCCGUCGACGAAACCUCCUCCAGAUGCGAGCUAUGAAUAUCGCCGAAGAUGGAGAGGCAGAUGCACCAAAGAAGUCAUACGUUCUUCCUGCUGUGGCUUGCGUCAUCGACAAACUCCCAGCAAAACAGGCUGUCUUUGGACUUUUCAUCUCCGCCAUUUUGGACAGGUUGGAGGCAUCUUUGGUCGCACAUCGCUUGAACGAUACCAUUUUGAAAGGAGUCGGCAUUCAAAACAUCGACCAUGUCAUUACGGCUAUCAGCGCGCCUAUUGCACAGGCCAGUACAAACUAUCAGAGAUACGAGUUCUUUGGUGACUCUGUUCUGAAAUUCACCGUUAGUUGCCAGCUGUUUUUCCGAAACACCAACUGGCACGAGGGAUACCUCUCAGAGAGCCGUGACAAGCUUAUCCAGAACACUCGCCUUGCCCGCGCAGCUCUCGACACUGGCAUUGACUGCUUUAUUCUUACGAGCCGCUUCACCCCGCGAAAGUGGGCUGCACCAUUGAUCAGGAACAAGUUGGAGCCAUCCACGGCCAAGAGGAACAUAUCGACCAAGGUCCUAGCAGAUGUCGUGGAAUCCCUCAUUGGCGCAGCAUAUGUAGACGGUGGAAUCCGCAAAGCGCAGGCCUGUCUCCAUCGCUUCCUGCCAGAGAUCGAUCUCUUCACAAAUGAAAUUUCCCCCCUCAUCCUCCCACCAGGAAAAGGCGUGAGCAACUUAAUCAACCAUCACAGAUUAGCCGGUCUGAUUGGCUACACCUUCAAAGAUCCCGCCCUUCUAACAGAGGCGCUCACCCACGCAUCCUGCGAGUACGAUACAUCAACACAAUCCUACCAACGCCUCGAGUUCCUCGGCGAUGCCGUCCUCGACAUGGUCGUCAUGGCUGUGAUAGCAGCCCACCCCGUGGAAAUGGACCAGGGACCGAUGACAUUGCUCAAACAUUCCGUCGUGAACGCCAACCUCCUGGCCUUCUUCUGCAUGGAGCUAUGCGCACCAGACGAACCUUCACACAUGACCCAAUUCGCCAAUGGCGAAAUGAACCUCGUGCCACACUAUGACCAGAUCCACCUAUGGCGCUUCCUCCGCUCUCACGGCCCUAAUAUCAACUCCGCCCGGGAAGCUUGUCUCGAGCGACACCAAGGUCUUCGCGCUGAGAUCUGCCAUGCCCUGGAACACGGAAGCCAGUACCCGUGGGAGUUGUUCGCUCGUCUGCGUGCGGAUAAAUUCCUCUCGGAUAUCAUCGAGAGUGUUCUUGGGGCGAUUUUCAUCGACUGCGGUGGUGAUCUGGAUGUAUGUCACGCAUUCGUUGAACGUAUCGGUCUGGUGUGGUACAUCCAGCAUGUUAUUGCCGACGGGGUUAAUGUUGUUCAUCCGCGGAAUAUCGCGCAGAACAUGGUGAAGGGAGCGGGUACGUUGGUCUUUAAGAGGAAGAGGGUCGAGUCUGGAGGCGUGGCUACGUAUCGGUGCUCGGCGGUGGUUAACCAGACCGAGAUCGCGCUGGUUGAGGGAUGUGCUUCUGCUGAAGAGGCAGAAGUUAAGGUUGCCAAUGUUGCUAUUGAGCACUUGACGUUGCACCCGUUGGUCUCUACAUGA